AUGUCGUCUACACUGAUAAAUCGUGUAAUUAGGGCCGGAAAAUGGCACUACGCGCCUACAAAGGCGUCUGCCCUGUCAAUUCCUCGCCAUGCUCAAUUCACUCCAGCUUCUAACGCAUUGCAAAAAUACGUACGACAACAACAAACUCGCACAAUGGGUUCAGUCAGUGCUAUCGAUUCUGCUAUUUUCAGAACACUUUUUGGCACAGAAGAGAUUCGACAGAUAUUCAACGACGAGUCCUACAUCAAACGUUGCGUUGACGCUGAAACAGCCCUGGCCCGCGCCCAAUCCAAAUGCAACGUAAUCCCCAGCCAAAUCGGUGCAGAAGUCACCCAAAAUGCAGUCGCAUCCAAACUUGACUUGGAGCGACUACGCCACGAAACUGAGAUUGUCGGCUACCCAAUCUUGCCGCUUGUGCGACAAUUGAGUGCGCUCUGCGGCGAAGAGGCCGGUAAAUAUGUGCAUUGGGGAGCCACGACGCAGGAUAUCAUGGAUUUGGCGAGUGUGUUGCAGAUGAAGGAUGGUCUUGUGGUUGUUGAGCGCUUGUUGAGAGAUGUCAUCAAGACGCUGAGGGAGCUUUCGGAGAAGUAUAGGGAUACGCCCAUGGCGGGAAGGACACAUUUGCAACAUGCUUUGCCAGUUACGUUUGGUUACAAGUGUGCUGUUUGGUUGUCCGGUUUCCAGCGCCAUUUGGAGCGUCUUCAGCAGUUGAAGGAUAGGGCUUUGAUGGCCCAGUUUGGUGGUGCGGCUGGUUCGUUGGCGUCUCUGGGUGACGGGGAUGAUGGACUUCGUGUCCGGAAGGCUUUGGCGGAGGAGUUGGGUUUAACUGACCCAUCAAUUACGUGGCAUGUUGCUCGAGAUGGCGUUGCGGAAAUUACAAACUUUUUGGCUCUUCUCGGUGGAUCAAUGGGAAAACUGGCGUUGGAUAUUAUCAUCAUGAGCUCGAAUGAGUUGGGUGAAGUAUCGGAACCCUUUGUGCCUCACCGCGGCGCUUCUUCGACGAUGCCUCAGAAACGAAACCCCAUCUCUAGUGAAGUCAUCUUGGCUGCGUCCAAGAUUCUACGUUCUAAUGCCGGAUUAGUUCUUGAUGGAAUGGUAUCGGACUUUGAGCGUGCGUCGGGUCCCUGGCAUUUGGAGUGGGUUGCUGUGCCUGAAAGCUUUGUGAUUGCCGUGGGCGCCUUGUUCCAGACUCAUUUCGCGCUUUCGGGUCUUGCAGUCAACACUAAGCAGAUGUUGGACAAUCUACAUUCUACCCGUGGCCUGAUUGUUGCUGAGGCUGUCAUGAUGGGCAUGGCUCCGUAUGUUGGACGCCAGACGGCGCACGACAUUGUAUACGAAGCUUGCCGGAACAGUAUUGAGCAGGACAAGUCUCUCCUGGAUUGUCUGUUGCUCAAGGACGAGGUUACGUCUAAGAUGAGCAGUGAAAAGCUUGAGUCAUUGUGCAAUCCUGAAAAUUAUCUGGGUGCUGCACCGAAGAUGGUGGAUGAUGUGUUGGCUGUCAAGGAUUUGUAA